AUAAUUUGUAUUGAAAACAUUCACAUUGAUCUGAAAUCAAGGAAUACAGAUUUAGUGGAAAUAAAUCUAAACAAAUAUUUGACACGUGCUAGAUUCCAGCCACGAUACAGAACGACAGUCUUACAAGUUAACAAUUGAGUUACCCUACUUUGUAGGAAACUAUAAAUAGAAAUACAUGUUUUGCUAUUUCUAUUAUUAUUUCGAAAGGAAAUCAGCCAUUAUCACAAUGUUUAAUUCGUAUCAAAUAGGAGGAAAAACUACUUGAACCAGGAAGCUCUUUUUCUCAAAGGAACAACAAAAAUGGAAAACAGUACGUAUUUAUCGGAGAAGUUAGAUGCGUGGAAUAGUGAACUAGCCAGUGGUUUAACCCCGAAUAAUGUGAUUUUGUCUCUGUAUAUUGCAACAAGUUUGUUGGGAAAUUCUACAGUGAUUCUGAUUUAUGGAUUUAAGAUGAGAGGAAACAAGGAAGAAAGAUACUUUAUUCCAUUCCUUGCUAUGGCGGAUCUAUGUGCUUCCUUGGUUUGCGCUUCUUUCGGAAUCGCUCUCAACAUGAUGCAGGCCGAGUUUAACAACACGCACCUGUGUAAAGCCUGGUGGUUCUUCGCGGCGUUUACUACUUUCACGUCAAUUUUGUUUCUCUUCAUCAUUGCCGUACACAGGUAUCUCAAAGUCUGUAGACCUCUUGGAAAACAAAUGAUUCUGAAAUGGAAAAGAUUUGCUUUAGGUUUGGGUUUGUUUGUAGCAUUUAUACAUGCUGUACCUAUGGUUCAUUUUUAUGGAUCAGUUCCCUUUCCUAAUGAGGAGGAGGGGAUCGUUGGACUACGGUGUAGCAGGCUGAAAACCAUCAACAAAACAGGCUCUUUGAUCUUUGGAGGAGUCAUAGUUCUCAUAACAGUUGCAUGCAUUGUUACGCUAAUUUUUCUCUAUGCCAAGAUUGGAUACACUAUUCUUGCACACUUCAAAUUUUCAAAAUCCCCAUGCAAACCUGAUACCAGUUCGGACACAGAAAAAUCCAGCAGGAUCAAUCACUCUCAGGUUACAAUCUCAAGCAGAAACGACCCUCUUAGUGGCACAGAAAAUGGAACCUACUCUAUCGAGACGGACAACACUGAAUUAUCCGAAUCGUUACCUCCUCAAACGUCUACAAAAACAACAGGGAAAACUCUUACAACAAAUACAAAGCUUGAAAGAAAACUGAAUCCUUAUAAGUCAAGUGCAAAGCGGAGAAAAGAAAGGAACAACCAGCGAGUUGUACACAAAUUCACUCUGAUGUUUAUGCUCAUCACGAUAAUCUUCCUCAUUUGUUACAUCCCAAAGGUUAUCAUCAUGUUACUAGAGGCUAGGAACCCGAAGUUCUGGGAGGAGUUUUCAGAUUCUGCUAGAGCUGGCGUGCUGUUUGUGUAUAGGAUGUACAUCAUAAACAAUAUUACUAAUCCAAUCAUUUAUGCAUUCCUGGACGAGCAGUUUGCUAAAGAAAUCAAGUCGUUGUUUAAAGUUUGCAAAUGAUAAAAUACCAUGGUGUCAUCAUUACAUAGCUUUGUGAAAUAUGAUAUUUCUUAGGUUUUUAUGAAAUAUGGAAUCUAUUUGACGUCACACAACAUUGUGUCCAUCUUAUCAUAUGUCAUCAUAUUACAAGUAAUUACAUAUAUACAUAACCAUGUAAGUAAUUGUAAAGAACAUUGGAUUUGCAAUUCUUUUGGGAAAAGAACAUAUUAUUCAUCUCUGCUUAAAGCUGACAUGAGUUAAUAAAUAUAGUAUAAUUCUA